AUUAGAAUGUGAUAGGUGUGUAGUUACUUAUUUUAAUAACUAUUUGGUGAACAAUUUUUUUUUUUUUUUUUCCCCCAUCAGAUUCAUCCCAGAGGAAUCCUGACCGGCGGCGUAAUCAUCGAUAGAUUCCUUGUGCUUUUACUGUCGGAUUAACUUCCGAAUUUAAAGCUCAGAUAAUCAAAUUACCACAACCAUUUCAUUUUUAUUCUUUCCACAGACUUCUCUUGUAGUGAGAGGACCACAUUUACGCGUUCUGUAGAGUCAUUUUAGAUGUUUUAGGAAACGAAAUGUGUUGAAAAUUCACCUGUCGAUGCAUAGAAUCAGACGAUCUCCGACACCUUUGAGAUCUAAUGGAACAAAAAGAAAAGCUUCUAGAAACCAAAUGUGACCUCACUGUGGAGACAAAUCAGUUUCCUUUCCGUUACAGUAAUAUUUAUGUUAGAAAAUAUCACAUUUGAGAAGAUUUAAAGCUUAAAAUGCGGCGAAGAAAACACAAGUAUGGCCAUUUUUGUGGCAGCAGCGGAGCGGCGGACUGAGUUGUCUCUUCACGGUUCUCACGUCCGUUAUAAGUCCCGCCUCCUGGCGCACGCUGGGAACGUGGCACAACAAGUGAGAAAUAUGGCAGAAGUAGCUCCAUCAACUGUUGUAAUCCCGGCAGAUGUCCCGCAGAAGCCUCCUCCCAAGUCCAAGAAGGGAGCCAGCAUCUACAAACUCAUCGUGGCCAUUGUGGCCGAGUCCAAGGAGCGCAAGGGAAUGUCUCUGACGGCGCUGAAGAAGGCUCUGGCAGUGAAAGGCGUAAAUGUGGUCAAGGGCAACAAGCGCAUCAACAACGCCGUUACGAAGCUGGUCACAGGAGGAACCCUGAGCCGAACCAAAGGGACCGGAGCAUGCGGCUCCUUCAAGAUCGCUAAGCCUAAGAGGGAGCCGAAAGUCGCCGAUCCAAAGAAGGCGGUGAAGAAGAAGGCUCCCGCCAAGGCAAAGCGACCGGCCGGCAAGAAGGCCAGCGCUCCCAAAAAACCCGCCAACAAGCGAGCAGCGGCCAAGAGGUCCCCGAAGAAGUCACCGGCAAAGAAAGUAGUUAGAAAGGUGAAGAAGAGCCCUAAGAAGACUGUCGCUAGGAGGCCGAAAACUGUGAAGAGGCCGAAGGCUGCAAAGAAACCAAAGCCUGCUAGGAGACCUGCAGCUAGAAGACCGGUAGCCAAGAAAAGGCCGGUAAAAAGACGCCCAGCUACGAAGGCUAGGAGGUACUAACUAGUAAACACCGCUUCACCCACUGCGCAAAGCACCAAAGGCUCUUUUAAGAGCCACCACUCCUUCCACUAAAGAGACGGUUCCUAAUUAGCAUUUGAAUGUAAAUAUAACCGUCUUCUUUAGAUUUUAACAGCAGCUUGCAUCCAUUAUUGUUGCACUACUGCCAUCUGUUGGAUCCUAAUAUUCUCUCAAUGAGCCUGGUAUUGUUUUUUAUAAAAUGUUUUUUUUUUUUUUAUGUAGCCGAGUGGAAACGCAUGGCUUCAUGAUGACCACCAGAGGGAGCUGAAGGUAGAUGAGCUUUGCCGGCUCGUUAGGGAAAGGGAUGAAAAACGUUAGACCGGAAGAAGUCGUUUUGUGCCGUUUGCUACGGUAUGCUAACGUGACUAACGGUUUCCCACUGUCCUAAAAAAGAAGGUAAAUGUAUUUAGAACUUUAUUUUUAUUACAAAGUGACCUGUUGGUGUGUUUCUGAGACGUGUAUAGGAUUAUAUUACACCCAAUAGGAAAUUAUAUUGGGUGUGAUGUUUGCAGAUUUCUGUAAAGAACAGCGGAGCUCGUUCAGACUGGGAAGAACUGUGGGGCUUGUUCUGUCUUAAUAUAUUGUGAGUUUCUGUUAAAUGAUAUCUGGUUAUAGUUAAA